AUGUGUAAAGAGUUUAGGGAUAGGAUGAGGCGAGGAGGGGAACAUGAUAAGGGAAAAAGAGUAGAGAGAGUAAUAGUUGGUGGACAAAACAGGACAGUUAUCCGAAUGGAAAUUGCUCUGCACCACCCCAUAUCACUGCCCUGCUUCUCUCACUGUGUGAAGUUACAAUGGCAAAGAAGGAGAUUAUCCACGGUUUCCUCUGCAUUGCCUGAGACUGUAGCUUCAGUGGCAGUUGCUGCAACUCUUGUUGGUGCAGCAGCUACUCUUCUUGUAAAGAGAUCCAAAACUUCUGAGUCAACACAGAUUCAAUUCAGAGUAUGUGAAGAUUGUGGAGGUUCUGGUAUCUGUUCAGAAUGCAAGGGUGAAGGAUUCGUUGUUAGGAAACGCUCUGAGGAAAGUGCUGAGAAGGCAAGAGUACUGGCGAAGAAUAUGGCAACUCGAUUCACAUCUGGGCUUCCAAAGAAGUGGAGCUAUUGUACGAAGUGCUCUUCUGCUCGAUCCUGUUCAACCUGUGGUGGCACUGGGAAGCUAAGUUACUAGUUUAGCUUUACUUGUCUACCCAGUU